CAGAACUCAGAACAGUACUUUAAUUUUAGAUUUCGUUUCAGAACUCAUACAUUAUCAUUUUCGCCGCUUUAAAACCAGACCUAGCAAACUGGUGGUCUAAGUCUCCCUCCCCCCAUCCACACGUGAAUUUCAGAUCUCCUCCUCCUCUUCAGAAAACUUCAUCUCAAGCCAUGCCUCUAAUGAAAGGAAGAAUUCCUUUUUUAAUUCCCAAGAAAUCCUCCAGUGGUUUUCUCCUAUUCUCAUCUCAUGAAAUCAAGAAAGGGAAGAUCGAAGAUUGGUUCUAUCGACUAGCGCUGGAGGAAGAUUUGAAAUUCUCCCCUUCAAUAUUUCAAAUUCAGAUAUAUAUACAUCCAAUUUUAUUUGCUGAUACAUUCAGAUCUAUCACUUAAAAUCCUAAUUUAAUUUCCUUUUUUUUUUGCUUUUGUUCUUGUCAGGGAAGAUAUGAAGAUCGAUCCAGAGGACAUCAAGAUGUAUUUCUUGGGCUUGGUACAUAAUUAUCUCUCCGGAGGACAUCUCUUGGGCUUGGAGCCCAUUCGAACUGGGCUACACAGCCCUUCUUCCUCUAUCACAAGCUCCCAACGGCAGUCCCUUUUCACCCGACCACCCCAAGCUAAACUCGCUCCGGAGACCUCCACCUCCAUCCCCAGAACAGAAAGCAAGCUCCGAAAGCCUUGAAAUUUGGUAUGCGAGACCAAAAAAAAAAAUCACUUGACAGUAGAGCAGAAAUAGCAAUUGGGGUUGAGUCCAACCUCUAAAACGCAGCGUUCUGAUCUUCUCUCUCCUAUGCACUCCUUCAUCUGAGAAAGUAACCUCUCCUUAAACCUUAUUCAGUUAAUUGCGUAUGAAUUGGGAGCAAUUUGUGUUCCACUGUUGGGCAACAAAGCAUUAUAGCUUCAGUCUUUAGUAUUUCAGACAAAAACAAAAAUCACUUGACAGUAGAGCAGAAAGAGCAAUUGGGGUUGAGUCCAGCCUCUAAAACGCAGCGUUCUGAUCUUCUCUCUCCUAUGCACUCCUUCAUCUGAGAAAGUAACCUCUCCUUAAACCUUAUUCAGUUAAUUGCGUAUGAAUUGGGAGCAAUUUGUGUUCCACUGUUGGGCAACAAAGCAUUAUAGCUUCAGUCUUUAGUAUUUCAGACAAAAACAAAAAUCACUUGACAGUAGAGCAGAAAGAGCAAUUGGGGUUGAGUCCAGCCUCUAAAACGCAGCGUUCUGAUCUUCUCUCUCCUAUGCACUCCUUCAUCUGAGAAAGUAACCUCUUCUUAAACCUUAUUCAGAUGAUGCGUGUUGUUAACCGUCUUCUGUCUGCAAGCAAAUGGAGCAAAAGGAUUGACAUUUCUCCCAACUUUGCUGCUGCUCCAUUUAGGGUUGGGCAAAAUCGGGUCUAUCUACAUGACCAAGAGAGGUUUUGUCCUGGCAGUUAUGGUGGUUUAUUUGCUACGCCUUACGUAAUUUUCAAGCGCAAGGAAGGUGAUACUCUCCCACGGCAUGUAUACCACGGGACCUACUGUGGCCUUCCUGUUGCUGUACAUUAUAUGAAGAAUUCCGAUGCAAGAGUGCAGAAGUGGCUUGGUUUUCAAGACAUCUGCAAUUCAGGCUUUGUGCUAUCUGUCAGAGCAUUAUACCACACUUCAUAUGGCCUUACGAUUGUCUUUACUGAGCCGGUAGAGUCAUCGCUUUCAUCUUGGGUUGCAAUGAUGAAGAGGGACCAAAUGCCAUUUACCGAUCCAAGUGGGUAUAUCAUUCCUUUCCUCAGUUCAGUUUACAGGGAUGUUCUCACGUCAAUGAUUCAUAUUCGUGAUUAUAUUGGAUUGAUGCAUGGGGAUGUCACCCUGGAUAAUAUAUGGUUAAGAAAAGGAACCGCGGUAUUAGGCUGUCCGAAUGUUUCAUGUGGAGUCACUGAUACAGAAAUGCUUGAAGAUGUAUUUGACACCAUUCAUGAUGUAUUUCUGCCCAAGGAGCUAGAUUUCUUCUGCAGGAUCUUGAACAACGAUGUCACUGUCAUGUUGUCUUUAUGGUUGCAUAGCCCUUUCUUGAAGACACAUACAGAGAAGAUGAGAGCCAGGUUUUUGUUUGUGCGACUCUUUUUUGACAGUUCCAAUGGUGUUGCAAGGGAGAAUGCAAUAAAUGUAUACAAGAGUUAUUGGGAUAGCUUCUUUGCAAAUGAAGCUGAAUUUGAGGUGAUGUGGCAUCGUCAAUUGAGAGCUCAGAAUCCUAUCACUACUAAGAGACUUAAUCUUGUUACUAAUGAAGAAAUAAAAUAUGCGGUUAGAUUCAUCAUUCCUAAGUGGAUGGUGGAUGGACAUCCCAUCCACUUUCUCAUUACUGUGAGAAAUUGUGCAGAGCAUGGCACACAUUUGGAGAGUGAAGAAUUUUUUGACUUGCAUGUGAGUGCAGUUUGGCCUGAGCAUUUAUCUAUGCUAAGCCAUUUGGUAUCCUUACGUCACCUUGAAUUAUUCUUGUCAUCAUUCACAGCCUUUACUUUGAAAGGUUGUUAUUCUUGUAUCAGUGCUACAUCAGUGCUACAUGUAAGUAUCUAAUUCCAUUUCAAUUUUUUUUUGGGUUAUGAAAAAGAGAAGAGAUUGGAGAGCAGACAAAGCAAGGCCUUGAAGAACAAGAAGGGGGAGAUUCAUAUUGUUGAUUUUAAAAUUGAAUGAAGGAAUUCUACCUUUUGAUAAAACCUUAUUCGUUUUUGUGGAAUUUAAAAGUACUGAGAGAUGACUUUGAACACUUUUCAAUCAAUGUGGGUUGUUUUGUUUAUCAUUCUGCUAUGAAUUACUAGCAGUUUUAAGAGCUAAGGGAUGCUUAAUAUCAUAUUUUCUUGGAAAUAGAGAUGCAUUUGCUAAAUACCAUCCGGAAAGAAUUGGAUUGGUAGACUGCCUAUCAGACUUCGCUUUGUGUCUGUUCACCAAUAUACUUAAACACCUUAUCCUUAAUUGCCAACGUACCUGUAAGGUGGGUCUUUGUCCACUCUGCAUAUUAUUAAGUUUGGUUGGGACUUCGCAGUUGUCCACGUUUUAGAAUCAUGCCAUCAUAACACUUUGAGAGGACUUUGUUUUGUGCACAAGAGGUGGUCGUUGGUUGAUCCCACCUCUGCAUUAUCUGAAAUGUGCUUCAGGAAAGCCCAUAGCUGAUGCAGAUGGGUCAAAUGCCUGCCUAAGUAAAAUUUGCAGGAGUUGUGAGCUUUUUUCAGCUGUCAGCAUAGCAUUUUUUGUAUAAUAAGUUCACUCCUAAUCUGAAUUUAUGCAUUUCUAAAUCUUAAGCAUUGUUCCUUUAUUAGAGCUGUCGCGGCUGAAAUUUGUGAAGAGCUUUUUACUCCCAUUCCUCCUCA